AUGUCUACAACCAGCACCCCAGCAAAGACUCCUCUGAAACAGACCGGUCAAGCGACCAAGUCGGCAGCGCCGUCAGCAGCUGGCUCGGUGGCAGGCGACGAUGCCUCAAAGGCGCUCGAGAAGCUCGAGACGAAGACGAAGGCAGUCAACGCCAACAACGUAGCCCGCGUAGCCAACAGCCAUCUCACCUCGAACGAGGAGAAAUUGCAGCCAUUGCUCUCGCUCAAGACUGGCAAGGCGAUUGAGAAGUUCCCUGGGACUUCGAAGGACAUUGACAAGCUGUCAUUGACAAUGGUCGACUCCAUCCUGAACAAUCUGGAAGCAGAUCGUACAGGCAGCGAGGCGACGAAGCGUGAGAAGCUGAGGAUUCAGAUUGGACUGAGGGCGCAUCCAGCUUGA